GUCCCAUUUCGUUAUCUCGCUUUCGUAGCCGCGGCCUCGCCACAUCGCUGUACAGUGCGAGACGAAUCCGCGCCGGACGCAUCGCGUAAACAAUAACACGUUGACAAAAAUACUCCAUAUCUAACCACAUCGUAGUAUCCUAGUAAUUACAAUGCGUAAAAUACGCUCCGGUGUCAAGUAAGAACAGUAUAAAUCAGUGAAUUGACGGUGAUCUCGCAAUCUGCUGCGUAUAGAACCACAAAACUGUAUAACUUUUGUGUUAUAUCCCCUGUGAGAUGUUGGGGGAGAAUUUUGGUUAAGAAGUUGACUUUGGACGUUAAUUGGGACUUGUCUCGAAUGUGUAUUGAAACGUUUAUUGCCAUACACGGGCGCACUGCUAUGCGCCACGAUUUGGUGCAUUUCAUACGGCAUACAUCUUCCGACCACUACUGCGAAGGAAGGAUUUAGUUUUUGAGGCCAGAUCGCAAUCGAUGGCGCUACUGAGCAUCCGAGGCGAUUGGUCUACAUUUCUGUUCCUUAUAUACUACAAAAUCUAUUCAGCGAUCGUUUGGUUGGCCGGCAAUCACUGCCGUGGAACUGAUAAGGGUCGCUCAGUGAUAAGCGGCGUAGUCGGCGGACAGUCGCCAGGAGGCCUUCACAGAGUACGCACGCGUCGACGUAGACCGCAGCAGCAGCACCGCGCUAAGCACAUCGUCGCAUUGACUAGGAGACCCUCAUUGAGAAGAAUAGUUAUGGCACCCGGAGCGAGCACCGCCCACACCAUGCUUGAAGACAAGGAGAAAGCUCUCGGAGCCUUGGCCACUGCCACAGUGUCCCUGCGCACACGUCGCAUCAGCCAGUUCGCGCCGCUGCUAAUCGCGUUGGUCGGUCUGCCGGCCCGCGGCAAGAGUCAGCUGGCGCAUCAUCUGUCGCGCCAUCUCAACUGGAAUGGAGAGAGCACUAAAGUAUUCAACUGCAGCGAGUACCGGCGGCGUCACAUGGCGCUCUACGGCACGCACGACAUCUUCCGCGCGGACAACGCGCAGGGCUCCGCCAUCCGGCGGCAGAGCGCCCACGAGGCCGUGCAGGAUGCCGUACUGUGGCUCAAGGAUGGGAACAGUGUUGCUAUUUUCGAUGGCACCAACAUCACCCGCGAGCAGCGCAGAGAACUUAACGACUAUUGCCUGGAUAUGGGCUUCAGGAUCCUGUUCAUUGAGUGCGUCUGUGAGGACCAGGAGCUGCUCGAGAGGAACAUCAUUGAGAUCCUGCGUUACUCUGAAGACUACAAGUCAAUGAGCGAGGAGAAGGCUGUGGAUGAUUUGAGGAAGAAACUUGAGCAUUACAUGAGGCAGUAUGAGCCUAUUGAUGCGAAUUUAGAGACGAUCAGCUUUGUUCGUGUCGAGAACAUGGGAGAAACAGUGACCGCUCAUAAAGUUGCUGGCCAGAAGGAAUCUGGAAUCCUCGGCUAUCUUUCGGGCCUUCGUCCUCUGCCACAAACACUAUACUUCACCAGACAUGGCGAGAGCGAGUACAACGUGAUCGGUCGCAUCGGCGGAGACGCACUGCUCUCCCCGCGCGGGCAGAGCUACGCGCGCGGGCUAGCUCAGCACAUGAACGCCAUAGCUGACCGGGAGCCUCUGUCGGUCUGGACCUCGGAACUGAGACGCACCAAGCAAACGGCGGCGGAGAUUAGGGCUCCCAAGCGGGCUGUGCGAGCGCUCAAUGAGUUGGACGCUGGCAUCUGCGAAGGGCUAACAUAUGAGGAGAUGCAGGAGCGCUUCCCGCAGGAGUUCGCCUGGCGCGACCAAGACAAGCUGCGUUACCGCUACCCGUGGGGCGAGUCCUACAUCGACAUCAUGACACGACUGAGACCCGUGCUUUCGGCGCUGGAAGACGAGCACAAUGUCAUCGUGGUGGGCCACCAAGCCGUGCUGCGGUGUAUGCUGGGGUACUUUCUCGAUGCUAAGCUCGACGAGCUCCCCUACAUGAACGUGCCGCUUCAUACCAUCGUGAAGCUGACUUCACACGGCUACAAGUACAAAGUGGAGACCAUCAAACUGCCCAUCGAGUGCGUGGACACCCACCGCAAACAACCAAAGAACUGCUCGAUCACACGGAGUUCCAUCGACGCGUUGGUGACCGUGCCGUCGCACUACGACACUCUGCCGUCCAACCUGUGGCAGAACCCCGCCGAGGCGCAGCUGUAGGCGCGGAGGCCGGCCCGCGCGGCCGCCGCCACUCCGACCAUACCAGCAUUACCAGGGCCCGCGCCCGGAGCCCCGGCACUAUGCAGUCCACGGUAGUGAAAAACCUUGGAUUAAUAAAGAAACGAUAUCGCGCCGAGCGCCGCAAAAAGAGUGCGGUAACUUCUGUGUCGAGAGGUCAUUUUUCACUGCUGAUCGCAUUCUAAGCGAGCUCAGUGAAAAACUUUGGUGUCAUUCGUUUCUAAAAGUGUGGACGUUAAGCAAACUCUAAGAUGGAUUUUUAAUAGAAGUUAUUUCGUUUAAAAUUACUUUUAAGAAAUUUAAUUUUGCUUCAAAUAACGCUUGAUCGUCAAAGAUUAGCGCGAUUCGUACAAAUAUGUACGCAGAAUAUAUGACAAACCUGUGUAUGUAAUGUGAUCUUCCAAUGCGCAUUAAUAAGACUGAAGAAAUUGAAUCCAAUCCAAUGAAGAGUGUUGAAGUCAAUUCGAUAUACAUUAUUUUUGUGUUCGUUAUUCUUAAGUUAAUGGAUAAAUCCCUUUGCUAAGUUACUUUAUUCAAUGUUUUUCUAGUAUAUUUAAUGUAACUUGCAUGCUUACAGACCUAAGAUCUCUUGAUUUAUUUAAUAAGAAAUUACAACUUUGAACAGCUGUUGUUGUUCAAAGUUGAAAUAAUGACUCAGAUCCCCAGAAAAACAACAUACACGCUAUUUUUAUUAUCAGACAUUGAGUAUUCUUUUCGACCUUAUCAGUAAUAUUAAGUUUUAUUAUAAGUUUGAUCUUUUCUCUAAUUAGGACUAAUAUUAAUUAAUUACGCUUAUUUAGGGAUUUAUCGUAAUCUGCAGAUACGAGAAUCGAUAUGAUGUUUCACAUGCGCAGUAAUUGUUUAUUGUUGGUUUAGUUGGGCUAUUUGCACAGUUUUAAACUAUAUUUUUGUCUCUUUUUACUGCUAACUUGUGCGACUGAAAAUAUUUCAAUUGUGAAAUGUCAAUUUAAGCUAAGAGUUUUGUAGACGCCCUCCCCGUUAGUAGACAUGUAGAGAAUAUUCUUGUUCAGAGUAGUUUCGUGAACAAUAUUCUACUCGUUUAUGACAACGACUUUUUAAUCGUAAUAAUUAGUAAUACGGGGAUUGGGAAUUAUUAGACAAUAGCUCAUUAGUAUUGUAAGAAUAAGAGCACAUUUACUCGUGACAUAGGAUUCUGUUACAUUUAAGGAAAUUAUUUUCCACUUAUUGUACCUUAAUUUUCAUAGAGUUGGAGUAGAGGGAUUGGAACAGUCUAUUAAGCAUUAUGAUUGCGUGAAGACGUAGGUUCUCAAUAUUAAAAUAUAUAGUUUUUUAAAAUAAAUAAUUAAAUUAAUA